CAGGCACCUGAUAUCCCCUCUCACUUCAAUUCCUCUCUAUCUUGUAAGAAAUACACAGAGAGGGAAAAAAAUGGAAGAGAAAUCAAUGAUGAAGUUGAUGAACGCAGUGAAGCCAUAUUUGGCAAUGGUGUCCCUACAGUUUGGAUAUGCAGGGAUGUAUGUUAUCACCAAGGUUGCUCUCAAGCAUGGCAUGAAUCAUUACGUUCUUGCAGUCUACCGUCAUUUGGUUGCCACGCUUGUCAUUGCUCCCUUCGCUUUUUUCCUUGAAAGGGAUGCAAGGCCGAAGAUGACACUCGCCAUCUUCCUCCGAAUAAUUGCACUUGGUUUCCUUGAGCCAGUGAUUGACCAAAAUUUAUAUUAUCAAGGUAUGAAGUAUACCUCAGCCACCCUGGCUUCUGCUACCGCAAAUGCUGUUCCUGCCAUUACCUUUGUAUUGGCACUCAUUUUCAGGAUAGAGAGCUUCAACCUGAAGAAAAUACAGAGCAUAGCAAAGGUGGUAGGAACAGUGAUUAUGAUCCCAGGGGCAAUAAUCAUGACUAUCUACCAAGGCCCUGCUAUAUUCAGAGGCGAAAAACACCAUGCAGACAGCGGCCACUCCCACGUAGACAAGAUGCAGACGCAUUGGGUAGUCGGAACAGUCAUGCUCCUAGCCCGGUGCUGGGGCUGGGCUGGUUUCUCCAUAUUGCAGUCAGUCACCUUGAAGCAGUACCCAGCAGAACUGUCUCUAACCACUCUAAUAUGCUUGACCGGCACUCUUGGUGGUGCUGUCGUUUCAUUUGUCGCGGAACCGCACCUGCAUCCCUGGAAGAUUGGGUUUGGAUCUGGCCUCCUUGCUGCUGUUUACUCUGGAGUGGUUUGCUCUGGGAUUGCAUAUUAUAUUCAAGGAGUUGUAAUGAAGAAGCGGGGGCCGGUGUUUACAACGGCCUUUAGCCCUCUGGGAAUGAUCAUCACUGCUGUGAUCAGCUCCAUAACAUUAUCAGAGAGUAUCGGUUUGGGAAGCGUAAUUGGAACGCUUCUCAUAAUCUCUGGGCUUUACACCGUGCUGUGGGGCAAAAGCAAAGAUCAGACAGAAUCAACCGCAGCAAUCGACCAAAGGAGUAUUGCCCAGGAAUUGCCAGUCACGAACACUGCCAGUUCAAUUACAUCCGUCAUGAUUGAUAAUGACUACGUUAAGAAAGAUGUGGCAGAAAGUUAGAUCCCAAGGGCCAAUUGCUAGAGAAUAAAACUGAAUUAUCAAU